AUGGCGGUGAGUCUCCGUAAUGGCAGAGAUCUAGAUGUAGAACAAGAGAGAGCUCGAGAAAAUAUACAGGCUGAGACAUUCAUUCCAGUGCCCAUUGAGCUGGAUGAGUCUACGAUACUGACAGAGGUGACAGUCCAGCCUGCUCAGGAAGAAAAGAACAUUCAGCAGGAGACCGAGAAAGAGAUGCCUGGGUACGCAAAAAUGAUGAAGGACUUGAUGUCCCGGAAAUUUGAUUUUCAAGACUUGGCUAUGGUUACACUUACUCAAACCUGUAGUGCAGUGGUGACGAGACCUAUUGCUGAAAAGCUAUCUGAUCCAGGUAGCUUUACAAUUCCAUGCACUAUUGGGAAUUUCGCCUUUGCUAAGGCGCUUUGUGAUUUAGGGCCCAGCAUUAAUCUUAUGCCCCUGGCUAUCUAUAAAAGGUUGGGCACUGGGAGAGCUAGACCCACCUCCAUGUUGUUGCAGCUGGCCGACAGGACUGUGAAGCGUCCAUUCGAGUCUGAUGAUGAGGUGUUGACAAUUGAGGACCCCCUUGCUGCAUGUUUGAUGAACAUAGAUGAAGUGAAUGGUGAGGAUUUGGCGGAAUGGGUGUUGGCAUUGGAAG